CUCCUCCCAUUGCUCCAUCGCCAACAAACAAAAGAGAGAGAACCCAUGGAGGACUACCAUUUCCGCUGCUUCCACGCUUCUUGGGAGACUGAGCCCUUCCUGAAGGCAGGGCUCCCAGGCCACGACUCCUGUAACACCCUCACUCUGAGCGCACCCCAGGGCAGCAAUGGCAGCACCACCGACGAUGAGCGCGACCACCACUUCCUCGACGGCUGCUUCCGGUGCGGCCGGCUGCUUGGCCGCAAUAUGGACAUCUUCAUGUACAGGGGCGACACGCCGUUCUGCAGCGAGGAGUGCCGGCAGCAGGAGAUGGACGCCGACGAGACCAAGGAGAGGUCGUCCAAGCAGCAGCCUGCUGCCGCCACCAAGAGGUGGCGGAAGCAGCAGCGGCAGAUGCACGUUUGGCUCCCGCCACACCUGCACGUCGCCAUAGGUGCGGCCGCAGCAGGUGUGGCCACGCCGCGACUGCCGCGGCGGACGAAUCGUCUGCCACACAUUUGGGAAGCCGUGGCAUCGAAAAUGAACCGGAGCGUGCGGCGGCGGCUGCCAAACCUUUGGGCGUGGGUGUUUGGCAGAUGCGCCAUGUCACAGUUGCGGAGCGGCGAGCUGCGCCGCUGCGGACGCGAGCCAAACAUGCCUUAUGUGAUGUGAAUAGUAGCUAUAUAGCAGAUUUUGUACUUUUGUAUUAUACCUUCUAUGAAACCUUUAUUGAAAUUUAGGUACCCAAACGAAAUCAAUUUUAACUACAAAGGUUUA